AUAAUUUCAAACAACACGAGUUCAUUGAACACUAAAAACCAUGCAAAGCAUUCAAAUUCCACUCUUCGCAUUGGCAAUAUUAUAAAUAUCAGUGUUCUUGUAAAGUUGAGCACACGCAUUCAACAUUAAACUUGUAAACUUGAAAAGUUGAGAAGAUUUCACAUUUUUUCUGCGAUGUCUACUUUGAAGGGAGCCAACAUUUCUUCUGUUUCUUUCGUGGAAACACCAGAAAAAUCUUUAAAUCUGUGGAAUGAUGGGUUUGUGCAAUCUAUGCAAACAUCAUACGCGGAUUCUGAAUACCGUGAACGUGUUGAAACACUGGUUAAACAAGUCAAAAUCUUGUUAAAAGAAAUGCAAACCGGAUUUGAUGGCGAUCUAAUCGAACGGCUUGAGAUGGUUGAUGCAUUGCAUUGCCUCGGAAUAGAUCGAUAUUUUCAGGCUGAAAUAAAAGAGGCUCUUGAUUAUGUUUACCGCUUUUGGGAUGGAAGUGUGGGGAUAGGAUUAGGCUGUGAAAGCACUACAAAGGAUUUGAAUACAACUGCUUUAGGACUGAGAGUACUUCGACUAUAUCGUUAUCAUGUUUCUGCAGAUGUGUUGAAAAAUUUCAAGAACAAAAAUGGGCAGUUCAUUUCCCAUGGAGGAGAUAAUGAUAGUAAUCUGAUCGAUAUAAGAGAUGAAUACAUGAUGAGAAGUAUGAUCAAUCUUUUAAGAGCUUCAAGUUUAGCAUUUCUUGGAGAGACAGUUAUGAAGGAUGCUAAAGUGUUCAGCUCUGCUUAUCUCAAACAAUUAUUAGAAAAAUCUGAAGAUAUAAAGCAGAAAAGUUAUUUGAAAGAGGCUGAGUAUGCUCUCCUAUAUGAAUGGCCUUCUACUUUUCCUCCAUGGGAGGCCCGGAGUUAUAUAGAAAUAUAUGAACUGGACAACUCGAGGUUGAAGGACAAAAUCAUUUUAGAGUUGGUCAAAUUGGAUUUCAAUAUAUUGCAAUAUAUAUACAAGAUGGAGAUGAAGAAACUCUCGAGUUGGUGGCGAAAUUCUGGGGUCUCAAAAUUGAUUGCAGUUAGAGAGCGCUCAAUUGAAUAUUACCUGUUGGCAGUUAGUGCCAUAGAUAAUGCAGAGUUUGGUAGUAGCAGAAUAGCUUUGGCCAAAGUAGCAACUCUUGUUUCCUUAUUAGAUGAUCUUUUUGAUGAUCACUUGACCCUUGAGCAAGUUGAGCUUGUUAUUAAUGCUAUUAUUCAAGGUUGGGAUAUUUCUAUUGUACAAAAUAUUCCAAGCAAUUUUAAAAAAAUUGUGGAAUUUGUUUUCAAAACGUUACAAGAAUUGACAAGUGAGGCAACUCAAAUCCAAGGACGUGACAUGAUACAGUUCAUUACAAAAGCAUGGGUAGAUUAUGCUGAAGCUAGUUUGAAACAAGCACAAUGGAAAGAAGGUCAAUAUGUUCCAACCUAUAAGGAGUACAUAACCAUAGCUGCAACAACUGGAGCAAGUGGACUAUUAUCAUUGCACCCAAUCCUCUUAGCAUUUCCUAAUUUGGAAGAUGAUGCUAUUGAGAAAAUAUUUCUCAGUAAAUCAAGAUUCUAUGAGCUUAUAUGGUUGACGGGACGCAUAGUGGAUGAUAUUCAUGAUUUCGAGGAUGACAAGCUCCAUGGACAAACAGCCUCAGCAAUUUCUUGCUAUAUGAAGGAUCAUCAUGAAUAUUCAGAAGAAGAUGCAGUAAUUCAUAUGAACAACCAUUUUGACGAUUUGCUUACAGAAUUAACAUCGGAAUUUCUGAAUCCCGACAAAGUUCUACUUGAAUGGGAUAAAUUAUACUUCAAUCUUGGCAGAGGAGUUCAGAGCUUUUAUAUAUUUGGAGAUGGGUUUUCAUAUCAUGAUAAGGGAGUCAAGCAACGAGUAUUUAAAGUUCUUUUUGAUUUAGUUAAAGCAUAGAAUGAUAGUGUUUAUAUCAUAUGAAGGCCAAAAUAAAAGUUUACUAUAAUCAUAUUGUCAUAAAUAAUGGUCAUUAAAUCUACAUUCCUAUAGAAAGAUACUAUUCUUUAUAAAAUAGACUUUUACUCUUUGAUAAUAA